AAUCUGUCCCGUAACGCUCUUCCUAUCGACGAUUCGCACUCGGGUCUGCCCAUACCACCGUCGUGCGUGCCGCUCUUAGAAAUCGCCUCGUCGAAAACAAGCAGGAGCUGCUGCGCGAGCAGGAGCAGCCGAGACGAGCGCCGCUGCAUUCGGCCGCCGCAUCGCAUUGCCAGUCAGCUGCUGCCCUCUAAAGCGAGUUGUGCUGUGGUAGGUGAGCGCAAGCGUUAUUCUGGUCGGAGCGGCGACAACGGUCGCAAAAGGUUGUCUUUUACCGCCCCUCACAGAGGGCCUCUGUGCGCAGCAAAUAUUUAACUCUAGCGUAGUUGCUGUCUUACAAUGUAUACGAGGCUACUGGAAGAGGGUAAGGGACGGUAAGACUGUUCAACGGACUAACUACCCUUUACACUAGCUGCCCCCUCACUAGACAGGGGUUAAUCAGACUUGAACGUGUAGAGAACUUCGUUUACAGCCUACCAUUGAUUCGCUGUAUUGAUGUUGGCCACCAGCGGACAGUUUCAACUGGCUUGACUGCCAGCGCCAGCGCCGGCGCUAGCGCUAGUGCAGGCUGCUUUGGUAUAGAUGUCUAAUGGCAGCAGCCAUCGCAGUGCAAGAAGGAGGAGGGUCGCGAACAUGAAACAGACCCAGACAUGCUCAGGCCCAGACGGGAGAAUCGUCGCUGUGCUUUUGCUUCGAGCUAGCUAAAGGAAGCAGGGCGAACGAAAUGGCAGGCCGACUAGUGAGUCACCAGUGAGAGCAGCGAAGCACAGUUUAGCUGCAAGAAGAAGAGGCGUCGACAGGCACCAAGUGGCGCUGCUGCUGCUAUUGUCGUUACUAUUACUAUUUGUCGCUAUAAUAGUGGCUAUUCUGUUUGUUCGAAAGAGGCCACCAACCAUCUAGACUAGUUUGCGCCAAAUUUCAAUCGUGCAGGACUGGAAUAAAGCUCAUGCCUGUUCUGUUAUGAGUGAACCUUGAUUUCUGCUUCGGGAAAACACGAUAGAAUUUAAAAAGGUGUGCAGCAGCUCCGGCUGCGGUUGUAUCACACGAGAAAACCAAUAAAGCCGUACCGAACGCAGGUGAUAGUGAAGACUGUAUCACAAUCAGGUGGUCCGACGAAGUGCACUCAGUAUGGGGCAGGAAGCCGACGACAGCAAAACCGUAAUUACCAUGUAUGUUAGCGGAAUCAGUGCCAGUAAAGAGCUUUCGACCUUCUAUGUGAAGCCAUAUGAAAAUGAUCUUGGUCGGUAAAAAUGUUGGAUCUUUUAAGAGCCGCUCGCAAAUUGAAUCGUCGAUUGAAUUAUGUCUUUGACAUACGUUGACUACCUCGUGAAAAAACGUCAGCAGCGUGCAGCCAUGAUUCUCACAUCGAUACGAGUAAAGUUCGAGGAGGUGGAUAUCACGGAGCCAGGCAGGGAAGAAGAACGUGAACUCAUGAAGAAAAACUGCAAGAACGAAGAGGGUCAAACACUUCCCCCGCCGCACUUUUUCAACGGAGGAGAGUAUUGUGGGAGCUUCGAAGAUUUCCACGCCGCGACAGAAUCGGAUCGAUUGCCCUGGUUUCUCAAGCUUGAUCCUGCUGAAUUCGAGUUCCUGUACGAGAAAAGUCGUUCGGCAUCAGUUGAGAAAGGUGAGGGAGAAUCUAAUGAGGUCAAUGGGAAACAACAGGGGGUCGAUGCUAAAAGGGUGUCGAAGAAACUCGUAGGCGAGGAUGGAGUUGACGUGUUGGAAACGGUCGUAGAGAAAAAUGAACUAAUUGGAAUAACCGAGGAGGUAACAGUGCAGAAUGAAGAUGGUACGAUAGAAAUCCGCAAGAACGUUUUAGAGGGUCGGGAUAACGAGGCGGAAGACGAAGGUGAAGGCGAAGGCGAAAUUGUGCAUACUGAGGAAAUUGUCACAGAGCAGCCAAAUGGUAGCUAUGAAGUUAUACGUAGAACACGACGAAAAAUUGUUAAGCAGGGUGCACCCCCACCUGAACUAGUUGAAGGCGCUGAGGAAGUUGACGAACAAGCUGAAGACGAGUGAGGCUUUAAGGUUUAAAAUUCCUUAUACACUUAUAGGCAUAAGGCAAUUAAUAGCGACCGGAAAUAGAUGCGGGUUUAUCAUUAAUAUUAUCUAUGAAUUGUUAUACGAGCUAAUUGUUUUUUCUUUUAAACUUUUGUAACUUGUUUCACGUAUCUAUGAUGUAUAUGGCCAUAAAAGAAUUCAGGGGGUAAGCUCUUUUUUACUAUAGCGCGGCCAUAUAUGUACUUGGACGAGACGACGGCCGUGUGCCUUUUAUUCAACUUAGUGACCAUAUUACUCUAACGAGAACGUCAUAAACUACAGUUCAGUCAGGUAAUUGUGCUUGCUGUUCGAUGAUACCUGUUUAGUGAGACCUGAGGUCAUGUUUUCAAUUGCUACCAAACAUAUUCUAAUGUAUUCUGCUAUUUGUUUACAAAUUAUACGUUUUAAUCAUAGCGAUCUGAUUUUUAGAAACGAACAGUUUAGUAACAGGGUGAUCUGCGAUGGCCGCUCAUCAGUUCCGCUAUCGCUGAUCUGUACGAAAUGGAUAAGAAGCUAUAGUUUUCCUUCUCUAAUCAUUUCGAAGCGUCUGGUUGAAUAUAUAGCUUGCAUGAGUGUGCAGUGUCGGCUUCUGUACCACACCCUAUUAUCCGCCUAUGGCACCUACAAUUAACCUAACAGCUACACCUACCGUUGUGUACUAAUGCCCAACGCAUAACAAAAGCAACAAGUAUCCCCUAAAAAAGCGGUCGUACGGACAAUGACUAUUAUAUCGUAAUCGAUACAGACACACACAAAAGAAAAAACAUCUCUGUGGUGGCUCAACGACGAUGUAGAUGUCGCUUUAGUUGGUAUUUAUUUUCGAAAAGCAGAAUCCGCUAAAACGGUUGGUCAAAAUUAACAAAUUUAAAAAAGCGAAUCCUAUUAGAACAGUUUUAUCUUGUGAAAGGUCGAAGCUCGUGCGACGUCAGCCAUAUCGAUACGAGACCUACCUCUGUUUAGUACAUUAAACUUUUGUUAAAAGUAAUUUUUACCACCUAAUGGAUUUGACCUGCUUGAAAUGGCAACCGUUCAUGCUCACCGGUAUAUCCUUUCUCCUCCCUAAGGCGCAGGGACCUUCACUUCAUGCAAUUUAGAGUUUCGUUCGAUGAAGCGAUCUUGACAGCUGUUAUUAAUUACGAUAACACAGCCUUGUUGUUCAGUGAUAGAGCUGAUACAUUUUACAAGGUCUAUCUAUUACUACCCUAUCCGAGUUGUUUAACAUAGUCGCAUAGGGAAGAUAAUUUUUUAGAGGUAGAUGACAACGCUGUGUCUAGUAUGCUCACAAAUAAUUGUGAUUUUACUCUAUGUGACUGUGCGUAUCUAAAGUAAAAAUCAUCCUAUAAUCUGGACUAGCUAACACAGAUUCGUUUCCGACGUAGGCCCUGUCUUACAUUUACCAGCUAUAUAAUCAUUACGAUACAUAUACAUGCUAAUGUACCAACUGUCAGUUCAAUCUUUCAGCGACGCCAGUCAGUCUAUCGGAUCAGGCGCACGACGUAGAGGGAUCUAAGUUGCCAUCGAUAGAAAUUUACCCGUAACUAAAAAAGAA